GGUACCCAGCUGUCUUCAGCCGUCUAGCUGACUCCCACUACUCUCCCACACAACCUCAGCUCCGACGGGCUGGUCCUCCAGGGAGAUUACCUGAGGAGAAACCCCAACGGACGACAGACCUCCAACUGCUGAAGAGGUUCUGACUGAGACUAGAGGACAGGUGGCUCGCCUUGCCUGAGAAAGACUGCCGUCAAACUCAGGGACAUCACGCUCACGUGAAGACCGGUUCCACUGGAAGAUCUUCACUGACCAGUUGACUUUUCCAAACCAAGAAAGCCUUCUUCUCUUACAGGACUUAAAAAAGAGAGAAGUACAGCAAGAGAGGCGAGAGACACAUGUCACACCAUGGCUCAAUAUGACCAGUUGGAAGACAAGCACUCUGUAGAUUUCCAUGACAACCCCCCUGCCCCAGAAAAUGUUGUUAAGGAGGAGGACAAUACUGUGUACUUUGUCUAUGACGAGGAGGUGGAGGUGGAGGAGGUGCCGGAACCUCCUCCAGAGCCGGUCAUCCUGGUCAACGACAAACCCCACAAGUUUAAGGACCACUACUGCAAGAAGCCCAAGUUUUGUGACGUCUGCGCUCGCAUGAUCGUCCUGAACAACAAGUUUGCUCUGAGAUGUAAGAACUGCAAGACCAAUAUCCACCACCAGUGCCAGUCCUACGUGGAGUUUCAGAAGUGCUUCGGUAAAAUUCCGCCAGGCUUCAGACGGGCCUACAGUUCCCCCCUGUACAGCAGUGACCAGCCUGACGCAGCCCAGGUCAACCGAAGUGACCCCGUCUUCGACACCCUGCGGGUCGGGGUCGUCAUGGCGAACAAGGAGCGUAAGAAGGGCUCUGAGGACAAGAAGAACAUGAUGAUGAUGAUGAUGGAGGAAGAGGAAGCCCAGCAACCUAAAGAGGAUGAGGAAGGCGGCGAGGGGAAGCCUGAGGGGGACAAGAAGGGGGACAAGGCAGACAAAGCUGAUGACAAGAAUAAGAAGCAGAUGGGGACGUUUUCCCAGUCACAUUACUACCUGGCUCUGUACCGCUUCAAGGCCAUCGAGAAGGACGACCUCGACUUCCAUCCUGGGGAUCGGAUCACUGUCCUCGAUGACUCCAAUGAGGAGUGGUGGAGGGGAAAGAUGGGGGAGAAGACGGGCUAUCUGCCCACCAACUACAUCAUCAGAGUGCGUGCGGGGGAGAGAGUGUUCAAGGUCACACGCUCCUUCGUAGGGAACAGAGAGAUGGGGCAGAUUACUCUGAAGAAAGACCAGAUCGUGGUGAAGAAGGGAGAAGAGGUGAAUGGUUAUCUGAAGGUCAGCACUGGACGCAAACUCGGCUUCUUCCCUUCCAACCUCCUCCAGGAAAUCUGAAAUGUCAACCACUUGGACAAGGAAGACCACUAUUCCUAUUCUCUUCCUCUCCCUCUCUACCUCCCUCCCUCUCUCAAACUCUUCCUCUCUCAUACAACUAGUAGCGCAACACCACACUGCAAGUGUUACUGUCCUGCUCACUAGGCCCUAGCAUGCAAGCUUACUCUUUAAUCAGGGUCCGCAGCUGGGUUAGGCUGAGCAUGAGGGAGUGAAGGGUGGGGGAUGAGAGUGUCAUCUCAUUCAGAAGAGCCAGCCACUGGGGGUCUGACAGGUCAGCAAGGGCCAAAGAGGAUAGGCAGGGUGUGUGACACAGGAGAGAAGGAGUAGGCUAUUUGUGAGGGACAUGUGCAUGUCCAAAUCAAACAUGAAGUCACAUUUGAAUGACUGAUGUUGUAUUUUGGGGGGUUGUUGUUCAUAUUUUGUCAUGUUAGACCUGAUGCCGUUUAACUAGGUUUGUAAGUAUUUGUAGAGGGUGCAUAAAACCAAGGGACUUUCUGUGACAUUUCAUGUUGAAUGAUCAUCAAUAACGUUUAUGCAUGUUCUGUUGUUUUAAUCAUCAUGUUGGAAUGGUCUGGUUUAUUAUAAUGUCGCUGCUGUUGUUUCCAAGCCAACAACAUGAUCUUCUUUUAUAACUGCCAUUGAUUCAAACAACAGUGUUCAUCCCCACUCUU